AUGUUGAACUCAGCCGAUCAUUGGGACCCUCUAUGGGUUCCGCCUGCGCCUACGAGUGAGCAUGUCUGGGUCCUCGCUCCCACUGCUGCAUUUUCUUUCGCAAUCACACCAGCCCGUCGGGGUCAGCUACGCCGCGACUUGUCUGCUGCCGGUGCCGCUGGUGUGGGCGAGACUGCUCUCAUCCUGUGCCCGUCAGAGCCCCUGGCUCCGGCCUAUACACAUCAAGGGGCAAUCCAGGACCAUGUUUUUGCCGUCCUGGAUCCCGACCAGCCCGCUGGUUCAAGCCAUGACCUCAGGACUUUCUGUUUUGUCGAUGCAAGGCCCCUGCUCCUCCGCGUUGAAUGCCUCCUUGUCGAUGAUGGCAGUCUGCCGGGUGCAAGACUCCACGAACAGUAUGCCGGCAGAUGUCCACCGGGAUUUGUGCUCUGUUAUUUUGAGCAGGAUGGCUUUGUCCACCCAGUUGAUCGGGAUGUUAGGGUUGCAGACCUAGACGUCCUAGUCCUCACAUUCCUCCCAGCACAUUUCAUCCCACAUUCGCAAGGAGAUAAUGGCCCCCCGGACCAGGAUGAUGGCCAGUCUCCUCAUGGGGAUGAUGGGUCUGAAGAGCCCCACGAGGAUGGGGAUUCAACUGUUGCGUCGCAACGGUCUGCCUCGAUUGGCACGUCGAUUGGGAAUGAUGCCGGCACCGGUGGCUCUCGACGCCCUGGCUCCCAGCCGACCACGACCAGCGAUGCUCUUAACCUAUCACGGAGUGCUCUGCUCCGCUCACACGGGGUCGCUGCUGUUCAACUUGGUGGCACAGACAACACUGUCGUUUCCUGUGCACGCAACCCACAGCGUCUCCCUGGGCGUACGGGAACCCGUCCGGACGAUGACUUCCACAACCUUAUCCAGGAACUUUCCCUUGACAAGGAUUCGACCUGGCACACUCUGCUCGAGUGUAGCAGACUUGAAAGUGAAGAUCGUCCGCUCUUCCUUGCAUGGACAUUGCUUGAAGCUCUGCUAGAGCACCAGCCAGCGGGCGACUCGCUUGGUGCGGGUGACACUGGGGUGGCAGAGUUCAGCCGACAUGCCCCCAGCCACCACGAUGUUGACCGAAGCCUCAUUCAGGUUCAGAGUCAGGGAGGGGCGGCAGGCAGGGACCUCCGUGCACCCAGGCCGAUUAAUCUCGCAGAGCACCUCCCGCAGUGUCCCACGUUUGACCUCUCAACAGUUUCCGUUGACAUAGGUGCAAGUCUUGAUCAGAGCUCGGGGAUCUCCACCCCGCAGCCAGAGACUUUCUCAGCCACUGCUCUUUCGUUGACAGAGAGACGUGGCCUGCUGUAUCUAGCAACCUCGGGCAUGUUGACAUUCGAUGGGGUUGGCAGCUCCUGGGCCUUCGUCGCUUUUGGUUGGUCAGAGGCUGUGUGCUACUUUCUAGGAUGGCAAGCCGGAGUUGUCCAAACCUCAUCUCACUCCCCAGAUUCCAUCGGAGCCAGCGAGCACAAUGCCCUUGCAGGGGAAUAUUCUGCGCUGAUCUGGGCGCUUUACUGGGGCCACUGGGGGACCCAGAUCUGCACCCUCCCCUCACUGGCAUAUCAUGCCGACUGCCUCUCAGCUCUACAGCAGGCCAAUGGCAAUUGGGGCAGCCAAUCUGGAGAUCCGCUCAUGAUAGCCGCUCGGGCUCUACUUCAGCUACUCUGUGCCGUUCAGCCUGCAUUCAAGGGUACUAUCGGACAUGUCCACUCCCAUCAAGGCCAACCAGGCAACGAACUUGCUGACUCAGUUGCCAAGUUUGCGGUCAGGACAGCACACAAGGCCACCCUAACGGACCAAGCGGCUGGACUCGCUCAGGCCAUCCGCGACGGCUCAGCCCAAUGGUGGUGGUUGAUCUGCACUGGAACGGCAGCACCACAUGCAUGGCCUCAGAUCUGUGGCCCAUGCCUCUCAGACCACAGCCGCCUUUCCGAUACCUUACCUCCGUCUGAUCGGGAGGCUCAAACAUGGUUCGGCUACGCUCCGGGAAAAGCACACAAGCAAGACCAGGCUAGGCUGCUCCGACUUAGGAUCCUCACUGUCAACGUUCAGACACUCAAUGAUCCGACUGUUACCGGAGACGACAGCCGAUCCUUUAAGGGCAAGGCGGGCUUCCUGAGGGAACAGCUCGAUACCCUACAAAUCCACGUGACAGCUCUACAAGAGACGCGGGCGCUGGCCAACGACACAAUCACCUCGCAGUCUCACAUCCGUUUCUGCUCGGGCAGAGCCCCGAAUGGAUGCUUGGGGGUUGAGCUUUGGUUUAGUCGGGUCCUCCCCUUCCUGGGCGAUAAGGGUUCUAGGAUGUACUUCCAACCGGGGGACUUCAUUGUCGUUUUCGCCGACCCGCGAACACUGGUUGUGCGCUUUGCACGGGGCGGGGUGAAGGUCCUCUUCGUUUGUGUUCAUGGGCCUACCACUUGUGAUCAACAGCGCGACUCAUGGUGGGCUCAGCUCCAUGAACGCCUACAUCGGUUCAGUGAGGCACAUGAGGUUGUCCUCCUUGGGGAUUACAAUACCCACUUCUCCACUUCCAUCCCUGGACGUGUCGGAGCACUGGUUCUCCCCGGGUCAGGUUCGGUUCCUAUCGGCCUCCAGCGGAUCCUUCAGUCACACGACAUUUGGCUGCCUGCCACGUUUCCAGACAUUCACCAGGGGCCUUCUCUUACCUGGGUUGCCCCCUCGGGCACAUCGGGUUCCAGAAUCGACUUCGUUGGCAUUCCCUGUACAUGGAUUGCAGGCCCGCAGUCAUCGUGCGUACAGACUGGCUUGGACUGGGGACAGGGACAUACCGACCAUUACGCGGCACAGGUCGAAGGAAGCCAUGUCCACUCCUGGACAGCCAAUGUGCAUCGACAUGGGGCCGUCCUCGAGGACUACCUCAAUGGGGAGUUGGCUGCGGCCUUCCCCAACAAGCGGGGUCCAUGCCGGUCCUCCCACUUCAGUGAACACACCUGGAACCUACGUCAGAGGAGGGUGUGGCUGCGGCGUCAGAUCCUGCGUUGCCGCGAGGGUCUCGCUCCGCCAGCUGUGCGUGCACCAUUUGUGGCAUGGAGACGCAGAUGCCGACUUUCCACAGCCGAAUUUUCCGACAUCCUCCUUGCCACGGGCCGACACCGCCGGCUUUUGGGGUUUGCGGCCGAGUUGCGCCAAACCCGCAAACUACUCCGUCAGGCGGUCCGCCAUGACGUACAGCACCGCAUCACCACUGUUGCGGCGGAGGCUGAACACUGCGCCACCGCUGAGGCUGUUAGGCGUCUUAAGCCCAUCCUCGGUCCUCCUAAGCGAAAGGCAAGGACCCACAAGGGCCUCCCCCUAGUGCUCAUGAGGGAUGGUAACCCCGCCACAACCGCGGAGGAGGUUGAAGACACCUGGGUCCAGCACUUUGCGGGCGCCGCAAAGUCCAACCACCGAGGGAUCGACCUGAUCCCCAUUACCAAGGAGGACCUGCCGAGCCGCAUUGAGCUCGAAACUGCACUCCGUGCAACCUCGACAGGCAGAGCUUCGGGUUUGGAUGGCAUCCCAGGUGAGGCCCUGCAUUUUGCUGUUGCGGCGGCGUCUGAGGCCUUGUAUCCGUUGCUGCUAAAGACAAGCCUGCGACUAGCUGAACCGGUGCAGUUCAAAGGAGGUAGCCUUGAGGCUGCCUGGAAAGGCAAAGGUUCGCCAGCGGGAAAGCCUUUCAUCGCCUUCUUCCCGUUGCAACUCGGGGGACUGCCCUCCUGCCCUGUGACCGCUGUCUCUCAUUCAGUCCGCCUCUUUGUCGCGGCCGCGAGGGCUCGCAAACGGUCGUUUGCAGUCUUGUUUCUGGAUUUACAGGAAGCCUUUUAUCGUGUGUGCCGUCCAUUGCUGACAGGCGAAAGCCUGAGCGAUGAGGCCAUCGCACAUGUAGCCACAACCAUCCGGCUACCGCACGGAGUUCUUCACGAACUUCACCUGCACCUCUCCGGAGGCUCUGUGUUUGAGGGGAGUGGCGCAAGCCCAUGGCUCUCCCAAGCAAUGGGUGAGGUCUUGGAGGCCACAUGGUUCCGAUUCAAGGCGGGCCCCUCCCUCGUCCAAACCGGUAUCGGCAGUCGCCCCGGCGACAACUGUGCAGACGUCAUCUUUUCCUUCCUCUUCUCCAGAGUGCUCCAGGAAUUGUCCAAAGAUAUGGCAGCUAUGGGAUGCACGACCCAACUGCCAUACCAGGACUCCAUGCGUGAUGCCAUCUUCCAGACUCCUGCCGGUCCCUCCCAGUCGAUAGAUAUUUUCGAUGCGACUUGGAUGGAUGACCUUGCAUUAAUGAUGUUGUCUGACUCAGCAGAGUCGGUUGUUACCAAAGCUGGGCAGGUUACAGGGGCACUCAUUGAUGCAUGUCUGUCCAGGGCCUUGCUACCGAACCUUGCUCGGGGGAAAACCGAGCUCAUCAUAGUCCCUUCUGGGGCUGGUUCGAAAGGGGUACGCGCCAGACUUUUCAGGGACAAAGAACCGUCCAUUGCGAUCCCCUCGAGACUUUGGACUGCUGCCAGAGUCCGUGUCGUUACUUCCUACCGGCAUUUGGGGGGAACCAUCCACUUCACUGGCGACCUUGCCAGGGAGGUUCGGUCCCGGGUUGCACUUGCACAUGACGCGUUCCAGAAAAGGAAACGUCAGAUCUUCGGAUCGCCUGCUGUUCCCAAAUCGGCCAAAGCCACUCUUUAUAACUCGCUCAUCCUCUCAGUUCUGCUUCAUGGGGCGGGAACAUGGCCCAGCCUCAGCGAGACAGCCCUCUCCUCCUUGGGCUCCGCGUAUGAGCGGAUGGCUUGCCACAUGUGUAGACCACACUGGGACUUUGAUCAGGCUCUUCACGCAGGGCGGGAUCAGGUUCUCGCCUACCUAGGCCUCCCUUCCAUCACAGUCCUCCUGCACAUCCAUCGCCUCAUACAUUUGCUGCUGUUCGUCCGUCUCAAGCUCGGCCAGCUUUGGGCUCUUGCCCACUGGGAGGGCGACUGGCUAGCAUCUGUCCGCUCUUCUUUAGAUUGGCUCUGGCGGACCGUCCGCCACUCCUCGGAGACCAGACCAUGGGAAGCGAUCUGGCCCGACUGGCUUCAUCAACUCCACACCGCACCGGGUAAAUGGAAGAGCUUACUCAAACGCGCUCAGGCUAAGGCCAUCCAUGUUGAGGCCUGGCAAGCUGCUCAUCAUAGGCACUGCGCUCUCCUCAUUCACCAGCUCCAAAGACAAGGAGCCGUCCUGUUCGGUUCCACCCUCGACCGCCAGGACAUGGUCCAUUGCUGUGCGCUGUGUCGCACCACUUUUUCCAACCGGCAAAAGUGGUCUGUGCAUGCCUUUAAGUGCCACGGCCGGCGAAUGGCCGGGCGGGGCAUCUUGCCUGGACUGCAGUGUCAGGCGUGCCUUCGCACCUACUCCAGCAAUGUCAGACUUUGCAGGCACCUUCGGUACUCCCAUCUCUGCCGUGCCAAACUCCUCUCCCUGGGACACGCCUGCGCCGCUGAACCAGGGGUAGGACACCGCAAGGAUGAUGACCGGGCCGCUGGACUAUGCCCUGUGCUGCCGGGGAGCGGUCCACUUUGUCAAUUUCCUCAGCUCCCCCCCGUCGAUCAGGAUAUGUGCCCAGUAGCGGAAGUCUGGGACUGUCUCCGGCUGAUCGACUUCGACGCCAGCGUCGAGGAUCUGUCAGAAGUUGAAUUGUGGGAGCGUCUACGUCUGUCGUUCUCAUGUGUGUGUGCUCCGACGGACCGCCUGAGAAUGACAGCACUGUCUUGGAUUGAGCUCUUGCAUGCUGAGGGUGGCCAUCCCCGACUGAUUGACUGUGCUGAGUGGAUUUGCAAUACCGACAUAGUCGAAUGGCUAGUGCCCACCCCAGCUGUCCGGCAGUCGUUGUUUCGAACCUACCGGGAUUCUGUUCAAAUCAUUGGACUUUUGGACACUUCUCCAGUCCGGCCAGGACCUCCGACACAGCUCACGGCGGCUCAUGUUGUGUUCUGGGUGCACUCUGGACUGACUUGUGCCCACUUGUCUUUGCGAGAUUGCUGCUGCGUUGAAUAUUCCCACGAUGAAUGCUUGGCCGACUUCGCCAACGGGAUUCAACCCGCCUUCUUUGAGGGCCCCUUUGACGAGGUCGCCUUUGUCAUUGACCUGACGGGGAUCCAUCUCCUCCAGGAUACACCCUGCCUGGACUUUGGCCUUUCGGCAAGCCAUGUUGAGCUCGACAGAGCCACACUUGGUGCCGACCUUCUUCGCCUCUUCUUGAGACUCCUGUUCCUUGGAGUGCCAGUUGUCCUACUUGUGCCGCCGGCGGCUGAUCUUUGUCUCCAGACCGUCUCGGCGCUUCCGGGGAUCCAGGUGCACUACCACGGAGGGCUCAAGAUACUCUCCACCAGCAGCGAUCUCUUCAGUCUUCUUUGUUUCACUUCAUCUUAA